UGAAAAAGCGUCGCGUCAGAGCACACCCCUGCUGUGCCGCUGCUUCGCCUCUUUGUUGCAGAGAAGAAUCGUGGAAGGUCACCCCCCGGCUGACUGUGAAGGAGGAAACCCUGUGAGAAGAUGGGCAAGGUGGAGGGAGCGGGGGACAGACAGAGCAGAGCGGAGAGUGGGCGGGGAAAGCAGAGGAGACAGAGUGCUGAGGAGAGAAGCAUCUCCUCAUUGAUGCUGAGUCACAAAACAGCGAGAAAUCAGCUGCAUCCCAUGAGGCUUUGGGGAAAAUGGAGGAGCUAGAACACACCUGCCCUCAUCCCCGGACGACUCUCACCGAGCCGGCCAUCUUUGCUACGGAGACCAGCUGCAAAUGUCGCGCUCCCCAUGAGAAGCUCAGCAUCGCCCAGGCCCGCAGAGGCACCCCAGUCGACCGGCCGGUCAGAGUCUACGCAGACGGCAUCUUUGACCUGUUCCACUCGGGCCAUGCUCGUGCACUCAUGCAGGCCAAGAACCUGUUCCCUAACACGUAUCUCAUAGUUGGAGUGUGCAGCGACGAGCUGACCCAUAAGUACAAGGGUUUCACGGUCAUGACGGAGCACGAACGCUACGAAGCGCUGAGGCACUGCCGCUACGUGGACGAGGUGCUGAGGGAUGCGCCGUGGACCCUCACGCCAGAGUUCCUUGAGAAACACAAGAUCGAUUUUGUGGCUCAUGAUGAUAUCCCGUACUCCUCCGCAGGAAGCGAGGAUGUUUACAAACACAUCAAAGAAGCAGGGAUGUUCGUCCCCACACAACGGACAGAGGGGAUCUCCACCUCUGACAUAAUUACCAGAAUUGUCCGAGACUACGAUGUCUACGCCCGACGCAACCUGCAGCGCGGCUACACAGCUAAGGAGCUCAAUGUCAGCUACAUCAACGAGAAGAAGUAUCGGCUACAAAACCAAGUGGAUCGCAUGAAGGAAAAGGUUCGGACUGUGGAAGAAAAGAGUAAACAUUUUGUCUACCGCGUGGAGGAGAAGAGUCACGAUCUUAUCCAGAAAUGGGAGGAAAAAUCUAGAGAAUUUAUUGGCAACUUCCUGGAACUGUUUGGACCUGAUGGGACAUGGAAACAAGUGUUCCAGGAGCGCAGUGGUCGGAUGCUGUCCUACGCCCUGUCACCCAGAGAAUCGCCCUGCAACAGCCCUCCGCGUGAACUGUCCCCCCUGCGCUCCCCCUCCCCACCGUCGCCCCCUGCCCGCUGGUACAACGCCCGGCCCUCGCCCCCCGCCUCCCCCAAAGGAGCGUCCGCCUCGAUGAGCAGCAUGAGUGAAGGCGACGAAGACGAGAAGUAGACGGAUGCAGACGGAAACGCCUCACUUCACGGUACACUGCCUGAGGACACCUCACCAAAAACCCUUUUCUUCAAACAGUGGCUGGAAACAGAACCGGGGUUCCUCAAAGACGUUGCAGGUUUGCAAUGCUGACAAUGAUCAGGGGAACUGUAGCUCCGAGCUGCAGAGCUAAUAAAAAAAAAGAAGCCAUCAUUCUCUGGAGAUCCAAGCAGAGGGAAGGAUGAGAGGAGAAAAAAGAGGAUGUGGAUUCAUUGUAUGUAUUCAAUGUCACUGUUUUUGAUAUACAAGGACAAGAAACCUGUGCAAUAGCUGUAAAGAGGACUUCCUUUGGAUUGUCCAGAACUAAUACAGACACUCAAACAGCCUGCUUUUACUAUCACUGGAUUGUUUCUUGUCCUGCUUUUUGUCCUUAUUUUGUAAGGUGCUGACCUUCCUGCCAAUUUCAUUUAAAAAAUAUGAGCAGACACAAAGUUAUAGACCCACACUGAGAGCUUGGGAAAACAGAAAGGCUGUUUGGACAACCCAAACACAUUGCUACUGCUAGUUUGCACCAUUUUUCUAAAUGUGAAGGAAAA